GUCAGCGACACCUACGAGCCCGACCUGUGCUACCUGCUCCGAGCCUUCUCUCGCGCCGACUGGCUGGACGAGCAGCUCCUCACGGCAUACGUGGGGCGCGUGCACCGAAGGAUGCACGCAUUCCAGCUCGACGACGUCGCCGCGCUGCUGGAGGCGCUCGCGAAUCCGAGGCUCCGCGACGAGGCCUGCCUGCGCCGGGCCCUCGUGCAGCUCUCGCUGCUGACGGACCCCGGGGCGGCGGGCGGCGGCAAGGUCAGCGCCCGCGCCCACCCCGAGCGCCCCGCCGGCGGCGGCGACGCCGAGGGCGCGGCCGCCCGGGUGGCGCGCGCGCUGGAGGCCC